AUGGUGAUAGCCGGGACGAGUUGGAAGCGAACCCGUGGAAUCUCACCAAUCGACAGCAGCGCUAAUCUCGACAGUAUCAUCUCCGAAGAUGGUGGUUGGAAGGUCGACCGAAGCUUUUCACCUGCUGAAGCAGAAUCCGACGACACAUCCACUGAUGAACUCAUCUCUAGCGAAGAUGAUUCAACUCUGUCUAUCAGCAAUGACGACGAAGAAACUGUUCAUCCUAAUGGUCAGCCUGAAUCGGUAGAGAAGGGUGGCGUUGUUUAG